AUGUAUUCUCUAAAGGUUUUGCAUCGGUCCAGGUCGGUCGAGACGUACGCCACGGUUCAUGUUGUCCCAGAUCUUGUUCAUUUGCGUGUUGUAGCCAAUCUCCCAGACGAAGGCGCCGGCGAAGACGGUGGCCAGCAUGGUGGCGUUCCGCUUGAACAGGAGGCUGCAGGUGCUCAGAUGUCAGAAUCAGAUGCUCGAGAACCAAUGUCAGUAAUGAUCGUUGCAGCGUGUGCGCAAUUGACGGCCGAGGCACGAUUGAAAAUGCAGCCAGAGCUUGAGAGACGGAAGCUUACCAUCGUGACGUAUGAGUUUUACCUCGACAGGGUUAUGGUGAACGUUGCUUCGGCUCGGAGACGUUGUGUUGAGAUUGUCGUCGCGCAGGAUUGA